CAACUGAUCAUACAUUUCCAACAGAUACAUUUACUUGUCAGAGGCGAUCAUCACCAAGGUUCAAAGAUCCUGUAGAACCAACUAAUCUUAAAAGUACUAUACAAACUUCAUCAAGUCCAAAACCUGAAACUUCCCAAUCAACUCCAUACGCCCGAAAGAAAGUAGCUUCUAAGAAGAAGAAUGUGCUGACACCUACAAAGUCUAAAGAAGAUGCCCAAAGAAGGGAGCAAGAAAGUAAAGUGGAAAUUGGACACAAGCACUAGCCCAUGCCCAAGUAUUCAACUCAGGAAUCCAAAUGACACUUUUUCUGAUUUUGAAGAGGAAGAAGAAGAUGAAACUUUACAACAUAACAAAGAUGUGCAAGAGGAAGAGUCUGCUGUUGAUUCUGAUGAAGGAAAAUAUGAUGGUGAUGAGAAUGGUGUGGGAAAUGAAUUGGAGAAUGAUGAUAAUGGUAGUGAUGAUAAGCUGGAAGAUGAGGUUGUGGAACCAACGAAGAAAAUAAAGUUUGUUCCACCUGGACCAACGCAGAUGCAUGCAUUGAAGUUAGAUAGCACAGAUCCAAAAGCCACAGUUCCCUUCAAAUUUAAAGAAUAUCCAAUUGGUGAUCUAUCCAUGCAGCUGGCAAGUUCUCUAGGGGUGUUAGUUCGGCGAAACAUUCCGUUAACAUACAAGGAUUGGACAGUUGUUCCUCCUCAGGACAAGGAAAACAUAUGGAAGAUAGUCGAGCAACGGUUCGUUGUGCCUGAACAUUACCAAGACUACUAUUUUGCCAAAAUGGCAGCAUAUAUCAAAGAAUUUCGAUCUAGCAGAGCCGGUUCAGUACUCGAGGCUUUGGAUCAACUACAAGGGGAAGAAAGAGAGAAAAGGCUUGCAAAGCUAAUUCCCACGAGCAUGUCUGUCAAUUAGUGGGAAACGUUUGUGAAACGUGUAGACUCGGCUAAAUUCAGGGCUCAAAAUGCAAGAAAUUCGUGCAAAUCAUAGCACCCCUCACACGAUUAGCCGACAAGGUUACGCCCGACUAGAGGUUCAGUUG